AUGUUUUGUUCUUUCGGCUUUAUCUUCCAAAUUCUGACAAUUUUUUCUAGAACACAGUUGAAUAGAAGAGGUGAUAAACCAUCACCUUAUCUUACACCUGUAUUUAUCUCAAUAGUUUCUCUAUCAAUCGAGUUAAAUGCCUUUUUAAAAUCUAUAAAAGUUACAACUAUUUCCUUUGAAUUCAAAAUUGUAGUUGAUGAGACUACGGUUUUUUGGAGGGGAAGGCUCCUAUUCAGGCAGUACAUAGCGAUGAAGUCGCGCAAAUAUGGCAUAAAAAUGUUCAAAUUGUGUUCUACAGAAGGUUAUAUGGGGCCCACUAAAAUAUAUGCUGAACGAGAUACAAGUGAGAUCAAGCAAAUCGACAUAGCCGAAGACGUUUGCAUCGAACUCAUAAACAAGUUAUUGAAUGAAGGGCGUCACAUUAGGAAAUUUAUGCAAAAAUAUGUUAUGCUUCACUCAUUGAAAAGAGAUGAAAUGAUACCAGGGAAAAAUGAUAAUGGUAUUGUAAUGCUGAAAUGGAGAAAUGUCCGUAAUGUCAGAUUAUUAUUAAUUACGAUCAUCGAAACAUGCACCUAUUAUGGUGCACCUAUAUUACAUGCACCAAUUUCAGCUUCUUCCACUCAUCGCGGUCGUUCUUCGAAAAUAGAACCAUUAGCUGUCAUAGUUUACAAUAAUGGAAAGUCUGGUAUCGACAGGAGCAAUCAGAUGGAAUCAUAUGUUACAAAAAUUCGGAAAGCUAUAAAAUGGUAUCCCAAACUGGCAAUUUACUUCCUAAUAGGAAUUUCUGUAGUAAAUGCAUAUAUUGUUUAUCAAAAAUCAACAAGCCAAAAUUACAGAUAAGAAAAUUUUAAGAAGUUAUAG